CACCCUGUCCAGACUCGAGCUAAGCUAAGCUAGCCGAGCAGGCGGCGCUGCAGUGCCCGACACACAAAUAAAAACAAACAUUUUAUACCGAACCUGUGCGUGUUAAGCCUGUGUUAAAUGUAGUUUUGUGGGGGUUUUCUCUUUACCUUACAAAGCUGAUACACACGCAGUAAAUAUGUUUACACAGAUUUAAGUUUUUACGUGUUAUUUUUGUCUGGGUAACAUAAGCUAACUUCGUUAGCCUCGAGCUGCUAAUGAAGUGUACUUUAGCUUUCAGUUGAUACAACAAGCUGGAUAAAAGCCGAGAGCUCAGGCUCUGAAGACAGGUCCCGGGAGGAUGUCGGACUCAGACAGUGAUGAGGACCAGGAUCGCCCUUUCUCUCUGACGGGCUUCCUGUUUGGAAACAUCAAUGAAGAUGGACAGCUGGAGGAUGACAGUGUUCUGGACAAUGAGUCCAAAAAGCAUUUAGCUGGUUUGGGUACUCUCGGUCUGGGCUCACUCAUUACAGAGAUCACUGCCAAUGAGGACGAGAGUCAGGAGGAAGGCAGAGAGUCUGCUAGUGUGGACGCUGAAGGUUGGGUGAAAAGCACUGAAGAUGCAGUGGAUUAUUCUGACAUCAGUGAGGUCGCUGAGGACGAGACAAAGAAGUACCGUCAGGCCAUGGGGUCUCUGCAGCCCAGCAGGAAAACAGAUGAUGAGGAUGACUAUGAUGCCGACUGCGAGGAUAUUGAUUCAAAGCUUAUGCCUCCUCCACCGCCACCGAGUCUUCCUACAGCUGCUCAGAGCACAUCUGUUGCGGAAGAGGGUGAUGGCAUCAUCCUUCCCUCCAUCAUCGCGCCAUCCUCUACUGCUGAUAAGGUUGACUUCAGCAGCUCCUCAGACUCUGAGUCCGAAACUGACCGUCCCUGUCAGGGUUUAGGGGCUGGAGGCCCCCCGGAUAGGCUCAACCUCCCUCUUGCUGGCAUCAUGCAGAAGGAUGCUGCCAAAGCACUGCCAGGUGUCACAGAGCUCUUCCCAGAGUUUCGGCCUGGAAGGGUGCUCAGGUUCUUGCGUCUGUUUGGUCCCGGAAAGAACAUGCCAUCGGUUUGGAGGAGUGCCCGCAGGAAGAAGAAGAGAAAGCAUCGAGACCCUCAGCCUGGGACACCUCCUCCAGAAGGAGAGCCCACAGAGCAAAGCCUGGAGAAGAAGUCUGGAUGGAUUUACGAGUUUGCACCUGCUCCACCUCCAGAGCAGUGUCUCUCUGAUGAUGAGAUAACCAUGAUGGCUCCAGUGGAAUCUAAGUUCUCACAGACUUGUGGGGAUGGCGACAAGGAAGCAGAGUCUCGACCUAAAGUAGCAGAAUGGAGAUACGGUCCAGCUCAGCUCUGGUACGACAUGCUAGGCGUCUCUGAGGAUGGAAGCAACUUCAACUACGGGUUCAAGUUAAAAGAGGAGCAGUCCAGUGAGCCUGAGAAACAGGAUGCACCAAAAGAAAUAGCAGAGACUGCACAUGAGUUUCUGAGGCGAGACGAUGGUGAUGGUGAUGAAGACGAUGAUAACGAAGGUGGAAAUAAGGACAAACAAGCUCUUGAGAAUGAGCUCUUCCUGAUGGUCACUCAGCUGCAAUGGGAGGACGAUAUUAUUUGGAAUGGGGAGGAAGUGAAACACAAGGGUACUAAGACUCAGCGAGCCAGCCUGGCGGGGUGGCUGCCCUCUAGCAUGACCCGCAACGCCAACGCUUACAACGCACAGCAGGGUCUGACAAGGAGUAAUUCCCUGUUGGUACCACCGACACCUCCACCCAUGCCUAAGGCUUCUUCAAUCUCCGGCUCUAAACGGGAAAAAAACAGCCAUGAUAAUCAAGCUUCUCAUGAAGAAGACUGUCCCUGGUUCUCCAUUUUCCCCAUUGAUAACGAGGAGUUGGUGUACGGACGCUGGGAGGAUAACAUUAUUUGGGAUGACCAGGAGAUGGAUCACCUGCUCAUGCCUCCUGUUCUUACACUGGAUCCAAAUGAUGAAAACAUCAUCCUAGAAAUGCCUAAUGAAAAGGAGGAGAUGACUUCGCACUCCCCAUCAAAGGAGAACAAGAAGGAAACGGCAAUCAAAAAGAGCCGCAUCCUGCUGGGAAAGACCGGAGUGAUAAAAGAUGAGCCACAGCAGAACAUGUCCCAGCCUGAAGUGAAGGACCCCUGGAACCUCUCCAACGAUGAGUUUUACUAUCCUAAACAGCAAGGUCUGAGGGGAACCUUCGGUGGUAACAUCAUUCAGCACUCCAUCCCGGCUCUGGAGCUAAGGCAGCCGUUCUUCCCCACUCACAUGGGACCCAUGAAGCUGCGCCAGUUUCAUCGACCGACUCUGAAGAAGUACUCGUUCGGAGCUUUGGCUCAGCCGGGUCCCCACGCUGUCCAGCCUCUACUCAAACACAUAAAGAAGAAGGCCAAGAUGAGAGAGCAGGAGCGGCAGGCUUCAGGAGGUGGAGACAUGUUCUUCAUGAGGACUCCACAGGACCUGACGGGCAAAGAUGGAGAUCUGAUCCUGGCAGAGUACAGUGAAGAAUAUGCCCCGCUCAUCAUGCAAGUGGGCAUGGCCACCAAGAUCAAAAACUACUACAAAAGAAAACCUGGAAAGGAUCCUGGAGCGCCUGACUGUAAAUACGGAGAGACCGUGUACUGCCACACAUCCCCUUUCCUGGGUUCUCUGCAUCCUGGACAGCUGCUUCAGGCGUUUGAAAACAACCUUUUCCGUGCUCCCAUCUACCUGCACAAGAUGCCAGAAACUGAUUUCCUGGUUCUACGAACACGACACGGCUACUACAUCAGAGAGAUCGUGGACAUCAUCGUAGUCGGUCAGGAGUGCCCCUUGUUUGAGGUGCCAGGGCCCAACUCCAAGCGAGCCAACACUCACAUCAGAGACUUCCUACAGGUGUUCAUUUACCGCCUGUUCUGGAAGAGCAAGGAUCGGCCUCGGAGAAUCCGCAUGGAGGACAUAAAGAAAGCUUUCCCCUCUCACUCAGAGAGCAGCAUCAGGAAACGACUAAAACUCUGCGCUGAUUUCAAACGUACAGAUAGGAAUCUGAACAGGGAAAGAGCAUUUUACAACAGCAAUGGAUUUUACUAUAGAGGUAUGGACUCUAACUGGUGGGUGCUGAAGCCUGACUUCAGAUUGCCUACAGAGGAGGAGAUCAGAGCGAUGGUUUCUCCAGAGCAGUGCUGCUCUUACUACAGCAUGCUGGUGGCAGAGCAGAGACUCAAGGACGCCGGAUAUGGUGAGAAAUCCUUCUUUGCUCCAGAGGAGGAGAACGAAGAAGACUUCCAGAUGAAGAUUGAUGACGAGGUGCGUACUGCUCCUUGGAACACAACAAGAGCCUUCAUUUCUGCCAUGAAGGGGAAAUGCCUGUUGGAGGUGACAGGCGUGGCUGAUCCUACAGGCUGUGGGGAGGGAUUCUCCUACGUCAAAGUGCCCAACAAGCCGACUCAACAGAAGGAUGACAAAGAGCCACAGCCGGCCAAGAAGACGGUGACAGGGACAGACGCUGAUCUGAGGAGGCUAUCGCUGAAGAACGCGAAGCAGCUCCUGCGCAAGUUUGGUGUACCGGAGGAUGAGAUCAAGAAGCUCUCACGUUGGGAGGUGAUUGACGUGGUGAGAACCAUGUCCACAGAGCAGGCCCGUUCAGGCGAGGGACCCAUGAGCAAGUUUGCCAGAGGCUCUCGUUUCUCCGUCGCUGAGCACCAGGAGCGCUACAAGGAAGAGUGCCAGAGGAUCUUUGACCUGCAGAACAAAGUGCUGGAGUCGACAGAGGUGCUCUCCACAGACACAGACAGCAGCUCAGCCGAGGACAGCGACUUUGAGGAGAUGGGGAAGAACAUCGAGAACAUGCUGCAGAACAAGAAGACCAGCUCACAGCUUUCCCGCGAGAGGGAGGAGCAGGAGAGGAAGGAGCUGCAGAGGAUGCUGAUGGGCGAGGAGAGCGACCGUGACAACAAGGGACGCAAGGAGCGUCGCAAAGGCUUGUCCAGCUCCUUAUCCACCAGCUCCCACAAGGACGAUGACACAUCCUCCGUCACAAGCCUGAACUCCUCGGCCACAGGACGCCGACUCAAGAUCUAUCGCACCUUCAGGGACGAGGACGGCAAAGAGUAUGUCCGCUGCGAGACAGUACGGAAGGCUUCAGUCAUUGAUGCCUACACCAGGAUCAGAACAACGAAGGAUGAUGAGUUCAUACGGAAGUUCGCCCUCUUCGAUGAGCAGCACAGGGAGGAGAUGAGGAAGGAGCGUCGGCGUAUUCAGGAGCAGCUGAGGAGGCUGAAGAGAAACCAAGAGAAGGACAAGAUCAAGGGACCUCCAGAGAAGAAGGCCAAGAAGGUCAAAGAGAGACCUGACCUCAAGGUAAAACUAAAGUGCGGUGCAUGUGGAGCCAUCGGACACAUGAGGACCAACAAGUUCUGCCCGCUGUACUAUCAAACCAACGCCCCACCUUCUAACCCCGUCGCCAUGACGGAGGAGCAGGAGGAGGAGCUGGAGAAGACUGUCAUCCACAACGACAACGAGGAACUGAUCAAGGUGGAGGGCACCAAGAUCGUGCUGGGCAAACAGCUCAUUGAGAGUGCCGAUGAGGUGCGCAGGAAGUCUUUAGUGCUCAAGUUCCCCAAGCAACAGCUCCCACCAAAGAAGAAGAGGCGUGUAGGCAGCGCUGUGCACUGCGACUACCUCAACAAACCACAUAAAGCCAUCCACCGCAGACGCACUGACCCCAUGGUAACCUUGUCUUCUGUGCUCGAGAGCAUCAUCAACGACAUGAGGGAUCACCCCAACACGUAUCCCUUCCACACACCGGUCAACGCCAAGGUUGUGAAGGACUACUAUAAGAUCAUCACCCGGCCCAUGGACCUGCAGACACUGAGAGAGAACGUGCGUAAGCGAAUGUACCCGUCACGGGAGGAGUUUCGUGAGGCGGUGGAAGUAAUCGUCAAAAACAGCGCCACCUACAACGGUGCCAAACAUCCAAUAACACAGGUGGCACAGUCCAUGCUGGACCUGUGCGAUGCUAAACUGAAAGAGAAGGAGGACCGGCUGGUGAGGCUGGAGAAAGCCAUCAACCCUUUGCUGGAUGACGACGAUCAGGUGGCGUUCUCCUUCAUCCUGGACAACAUCGUGACCCAGAAAAUGAUGGUGGUUCCAGAUUCGUGGCCGUUUCACCAUCCUGUCAACAAAAAGUUUGUACCCGAUUAUUAUAAGGUGAUCAUAAACCCGAUGGAUCUGGAGAGCAUCCGCAAGAACAUCUCCAAACACAAAUAUCAGAACAGAGAUGCGUUCCUUUCAGAUGUCAGUCUCAUCCACGCCAACAGUAUCAAGUAUAACGGUCCAGACAGUCCUUACACAAAGACCGCUCUGGAUAUUGUCAACGUGUGCAAGCAAACCUUGGCAGAGUAUGAUGAGCACUUGACCCAGCUGGAGAAGGACAUCUCUACCGCUAAAGAAGCCGCUCUUGAUGCAGCAGACUUGGAGUGUUUGGACCCGAUGACACCUGGACCGUACACACCGCAGCCUGCUGAUCUGUUUGACAGCGGGGCUUCAGGGAGUCUGCCCAGAGAGACCAGCAGCCUUUUCUCUGAGGGACCUCUAGUUGUUACUCCAGAGAAGAGAGGGGGGCAGGGUCGCCACCUCAGAAGACCCGGGGAGGAAGAGUCAGAUGUGGACAUUGAAGGCUUUGAGGAGGAGGAUGAUGGCAAACCCAAGACUCCUGCUCCUGCAGAGGACGCAGACGGAGAUCUAGAGGACGAAGAUGACGAAGAGGAAAUGUUGCUGCCACGUCGCAGACGAUUGCACGACCAUGACGAAGAGGAGGAGGAAGAGGAAGAAGAGGACGGAAGGUCUAACCGUCCGGCCCAAGCCAGCGUGCUGUACCAGGACCUGCUCAUGUCUGACGGAGAGGACGACGCCAGCGAAGAGGAGGGCGACAAUCCUUUCUCCUCCAUACACCUGUCGGAGAGUGGCAGCGACUCGGACAGAGAGGUGGAUGUGCGACCUCCGCCUCCACGGAGAGCUCAGGAGACGGCUCGCAUGGGCAUGGAGCAGGAGGAGAGCAUGAUGUCAUACGAAGGGGACGGGCCUGAUGAACCUCACAUGGAAGACAGCAACGUCAGUUACGGCAGCUACGAGGAGACAGAGAGCCGGAGUCAGAUGCAGCCGUCUAGCAUGGGUAACGGAGAAGACUACGGCAUCAGCGAGGAGGAGGAGGAAGAUGAAGAAGAUGAAGCGCGGAGUAGAGGCCCGGCUGUGCUCUCUCAGGUCCAGCUCAGUGAAGACGAGGAGAGCGAAGAGUUCAGAUCUAUAGGGGGAGACAGCGACGUGGACUCUGACAUCUAGUUUAAUUUUCUUUGCUUUCUUUUUUUUUUUUUUUUUUAAUAUGCAGCAUCAAGAAAACGUUGUUUAUAAUGCAGUUUUAAAACUGAGAAAAUGUUUUGUACAUUGUUCCUAUUUUGUAAAUGAUGCUCUAUGUUAAUAGCUUCCUCCUGUACCUGCAGUAUCAGGUACAACACAGCACAUUGUACAUUUCAGUUUGUUGCCUUUUAUACAUCAAGUUAAUGUGAAAGUGAAAUUCAGUUGUUUUAACUUGCUCAUAUCCUGUGCUCAAAAAUAGUUCAGCUCAUUUGUUGACUGAUUCAAAAAUAAAGUAAACAUGCUGAAGAUUUCUUCUUCCUCCA